AAGAGAAGCUCACCAUUCAAGUACACGUUAUAAUGGACAAGAAUCGCAACUUGGAGAAGUGUAACUGCUCAAUAGGUGGACCGCAGACUUGUGUGAUCAGCAGUAUGUGAUUCAGUGAUAAAGCGAGUCAUCAUUAAAACAUGGACCACAGACCUCACUGUGUUUAGCAGUAUGUGAUUCAGUGAUAAAGCGAGUAAUCAUUAAAACAUGGACCACAUACCUCACUGUGUUUAGCAGUAUGUGAUUCAGUGAUAAAGCGAGUAAUCAUUAAAACAUGGACCACAUACCUCACUGUGUUUAGCAGUAUGUGAUUCAGUGAUAAAGCGAGUCAUCAUUAAAACAUGGACCACAGACCUCACUGUGUUUAGCAGUAUGUGAUUCAGUGAUAAAGCGAGUAAUCAUUAAAACAUGGACCACAUACCUCACUGUGUUUAGCAGUAUGUGAUUCAGUGAUAAAGCGAGUCAUCAUUAAAACAUGGACCACAUACCUCACUGUGUUAGCAGUAUGUGAUUCAGUGAUAAAGUGAGUCAUCAUUAAAACAUGGACCACAGACCUCACUGUGUUUAGCAGUAUGUGAUUCAGUGAUAAAGCGAGUAAUCAUUAAAACAUGGACCACAUACCUCACUGUGUUUAGCAGUAUGUGAUUCAGUGAUAAAGCGAGUCAUCAUUAAAACAUGGACCACAUACCUCACUGUGUUAGCAGUAUGUGAUUCAGUGAUAAAGCGAGUAAUCAUUAAAACAUGGACCACAUACCUCACUGUGUUUAGCAGUAUGUGAUUCAGUGAUAAAGCGAGUAAUCAUUAAAACAUGGACCACAUACCUCACUGUGUUAGCAGUGUGUGAUUCAGUGAUAAAGCGAGUCAUCAUUAAAACAUGGACCACAGACCUCACUGUGUUUAGCAGUGUGUGAUUCAGUGAUAAAGCGAGUAAUCAUUAAAACAUGGACCACAUACCUCACUGUGUUUAGCAGUGUGUGAUUCAGUGAUAAAGCGAGUCAUCAUUAAAACAUGGACCACAUACCUCACUGUGUUUAGCAGUGUGUGAUUCAGUGAUAAAGCGAGUCAUCAUUAAAACAUGGACCACAGACCUCACUGUGUUUAGCAGUGUGUGAUUCAGUGAUAAAGCGAGUCAUCAUUAAAACAUGGACCACAGACCUCACUGUGUUUAGCAGUGUGUGAUUCAGUGAUAAAGCGAGUCAUCAUUAAAACAUGGACCACAGACCUCAUUGUGUUUAGCAGUAUGUGAUUCAGUGAUAAAGCGAGUCAUCAUUAAAACAUGGACCACAGACCUCACUGUGUUUAGCAGUAUGUCAUCGAGUGAUAAAGCGAGUAUCAAAUGCGAAAUCUGCUCGAUGUGCUGUAAGAGAAAGUCUCAGCUGGAAGUGCACAUGCGUGUGCACACCGGGGAGAAGCCCUACAUGUGUGGCGUCUGCCAGAAGGCUUUCUCCACUUUAGGUAAUGUCAAAGAGCACAUGUGGAUCCACGCGGGCCAGAAACCCUUUCAGUGUGACGUGUGCACCAAAGGUUUUGUCAGCAGGUCAAGUUUGAAGAAGCAUGUAAUGGUUCACAAUAGCCGGGAGUCGUACACGUGUGAAAUAUGCACGAAGGCGUUCACUUGGAAUUCCAGCCUGAAACAACACAUGUUGAUUCACACGGAGGAAACGCCGUUCAAAUGUGACAUUUGCCUGACGAUGUUCACACGAAAGGCUAGUUUGACAAGGCAUAUGUUAAUUCAUUCUGAUCAGAAACCUGCAACUUAGAAGUAGGUGUGUACUAAAAAAAAUCUUUACACAUGUACAGUGUUUCUUUCAGAAAGAAAGUUUUGGGUAUGGCGCUAUGGAAUUGAAUAUUAACAAGGCAUAGGUUGAUUAAUUCUGAACAGAAACCUGCCACUUAUUAGUAGGUGUGUACUGGAAAAAAAAAAAAAAAGGAAUGUUUUAUUUAACAACGCACUCAACACAUUUUAUUUACGGUUAUAUGGCAUCG